CGUCGGCCUUAUCGCCGCAUGGAUGUUUGUCUUGUUUGCUCUGUUUGUUCCGGACAUUUAGCCGUUCCAUCGCUACAUGCCUGGGGCUGCGAAGUUCGAACGUAGCAUCUGAUCCUUGAUGAUUCCAAUUCGACUCAUUGUUUGAUCAGUUACAGAAUUGGAUCCUGACAUACCAUCUCCAUCUCAUUAUAUCUAGACACAAUGAGUUUCGGAUCCCCCGGUGGUGGAGCUGCCAACUUUAAGCCAACUCCACCCGAGCGCGGCAGCUUUCCCCUUGAUCAUGACGGAGAAUGCAAACAUCUCAUCUCCGAUUACCUCAAAUGUCUAAAGUUACGCAAGGGCACGAACGAUGAGGAAUGCCGCAAGUUAGCAAAGGGGUACCUGGGUUGCCGGAUGGAGAAAAACUUGAUGGCUCCUGAAGAGUUUAAGAAUCUCGGUUUAGUUUUUGAAGAAGAUAAACAGAAGCAGAAUGGCGAGGCAACAGCAGCGACGACGAAUUCAAAAUAAAAACUCGAGGACUACCCGCUGUAUAUUACGGAGAGGAUUGGAUUGUAUUGUACGAUAUUUAGGGAGGGACAUUCAGAUUUCCGAUCAUUUUGACCUCUCGUUUCUAUACCACGUUCUGGCGUUGGAAUUGGCCGGUUGUCUUUUGUAUAUGGCAUUGCAUACUCUACUCAAAUGAAAAAUAUGUGGCUAUAAUUG